UUUAUCUCAUGUCUUUUGUUUCCCCAUUCUGUCAUUCAUAUUGUUUCAUCCCAUCAAUCUCUUACAUUUCCUUCCUCUCUUUUUCUCUCCGUGCACUCUGCUCUCUCUCUCUCUGCACUCCGCUUUCUCUCUCUCUUUCACGCGGUUCUUCAAGACAGUGCCGCGCAGCUCUACAUCACAGUGUUUCCCGCUUUUCUCUCCUCCGCUCUGCUCCUCUUCUCUGUGCUUCACUCCACUCAUUGGGACCGCAUGCUCCCUGUCAUCUCUGGCACUUUUGGGUCUGUGUGGCUGCUGCUGCCGGUGGAAGUGGACCCGGACACCCUGUAUGCUCUGAAGGUGUUUUCCCGACCCUGUGGAUCUGUGGGGAGGGGAGGGAGGGCAGGGAGGGGGUGCAGGUGAAGGGCUCCGUGGGGGAGACAGGUUGCGCGGUUUUGCGGCAGGGGCUGCGGAGGGUCAUGCUUCAUGAGUUAAGUGGAUUUUGGACAGAGACUCCACGCACAUCACCGCCCCAAUGUGGGGCCCUUUUCCGGAUGGCGGGAACGUCCGGCCGGGUGCGAUGAACCAGCUGGACAAUCCGCGGCCGCUCAAUUGGACCAUCAGGAAACUGUGCCAUGCAGCUUUUCUUCCUUCCGUGCGCCUGCUUAAGGCACAGAAAUCAUGGAUAGAAAGAGCAUUCAGCAAGAGAGAAUGUGUGCACGUUAUUGUAAGCACCAAAGACCCCCAUAGGUGCUGUUGUGGCCGUCUAAUAGGUCAACAUAUUGGCCUGCCCCCCAGCAUCUCAUCCAAUCAGAAUGAGAAAUCAGAGCGUGGGCCAAAGAAUGACAGCUUGUCAGAGAAAUGGUCCAUCAGCAAGCACACGCAGCUUAGUCCCACCGAUGCCUUCGGUACCAUUGAGUUCCAGGGGGGAGGACACAGCAACAAAGCAAUGUAUGUUCGAGUGUCUUAUGACACAAAGCCAGACUUACUGCUCCAUCUGAUGACGAAGGAGUGGCAGCUAGAACUCCCCAAACUCCUUAUCUCUGUUCACGGAGGUCUCCAGAACUUUGAGCUGCAGCCCAAACUCAAGCAGGUCUUUGGCAAAGGUCUUAUCAAAGCUGCCAUGACCACCGGGGCCUGGAUCUUCACCGGAGGAGUUAACACUGGGGUCAUUAGGCAUGUUGGUGAUGCUCUUAAAGAUCAUGCCUCCAAAUCCAGAGGAAAAAUCUGCACUAUCGGCAUUGCCCCCUGGGGCAUUGUGGAGAACCAGGAAGACCUAGUGGGAAAAGAUGUUGUCCGGCCAUACCAAACAAUGUCUAACCCUCUAAGCAAGCUCACAGUCCUCAAUAGUCUACACUCGCACUUCAUUCUGGCUGACAACGGCACCACCGGAAAAUACGGGGCUGAGGUUAAACUACGCAGACAGCUUGAGAAACACAUCUCUCUGCAGAAGAUCAACACACGGAUUGGACAGGGCGUUCCGGUGGUGGCUCUGAUAGUGGAGGGAGGUCCUAAUGUGAUCUCUAUCGUGCUGGAGUACCUGAGAGAUACCCCUCCUGUUCCUGUGGUGGUGUGUGAUGGCAGUGGACGUGCUUCCGACAUCCUAGCUUUUGGCCACAAGUACUCGGAGGAAGGCGGAAUCAUAAAUGAAUCUUUAAGAGACCAGUUGUUGGUGACCAUUCAGAAGACAUUCACGUACAGCCGGACGCAGGCCCAGCAUCUCUUCAUCAUUCUGAUGGAGUGUAUGAAGAAGAAAGAACUGAUAACAGUGUUCCGGAUGGGAUCAGAGGGACACCAGGACAUUGACCUGGCUAUUCUUACAGCUCUUCUAAAAGGUGCCAAUGCAUCCGCUCCUGAUCAGCUGAGUCUGGCUUUGGCCUGGAACAGAGUCGACAUCGCUCGCAGCCAGAUCUUCAUUUACGGACAGCAGUGGCCUGUUGGUUCUCUGGAGCAGGCUAUGCUGGAUGCUUUGGUGCUGGACAGAGUGGAUUUCGUGAAGUUGUUGAUAGAGAAUGGCGUGAGCAUGCAUCGUUUCCUGACGCUGUCCAGACUCGAGGAGCUCUAUAAUACGAGACAUGGGCCGUCCAACACCCUGUACCACCUUGUCAGAGAUGUAAAAAAGCAAGAAUAUCCAGGGUUCAGUUGGAUCUACCUCAAGGGUAACCUUCCCCCUGACUACCGCAUCAGCCUAAUUGACAUCGGAUUGGUCAUCGAAUACCUCAUGGGUGGAGCCUAUCGCUGCAAUUAUACCAGAAAGAGAUUUCGGACCCUCUAUCACAACCUGUUUGGACCCAAGAGACCAAAAGCCCUAAAGCUGCUUGGAAUGGAGGAUGACAUGCCCAUCAGACGAGAACGUCAAAAAACCACACGGAAGCGGGAAGAGGAAGUGGAUAUUGACUUGGAUGACCCGGAAAUCAAUCACUUUGCAUUCCCAUUCCACGAGCUUAUGGUUUGGGCGGUGCUGAUGAAACGGCAGAAGAUGGCCUUGUUCUUCUGGCAGCACGGCGAGGAGGCCAUGGCCAAAGCUCUGGUGGCCUGCAAACUCUGCAAAGCCAUGGCUCAUGAAGCAUCAGAGAAUGACAUGGUAGAUGACAUCUCACAGGAGCUCAACCAGAACUCACGAGAGUUUGGUCAGCUGGCUGUGGAGCUGCUGGAUCAGUCUUAUAAGCAGGAUGAACAGAUGGCCAUGAAGCUGUUGACCUAUGAGCUGAAGAACUGGAGUAAUGCCACCUGUCUGCAGCUGGCUGUGGCCGCCAAGCACAGGGACUUCAUCGCCCAUACCUGCAGCCAGAUGCUCCUCACAGACAUGUGGAUGGGACGUCUGCGUAUGCGCAAGAACUCUGGCCUGAAGGUCAUCCUGGGCCUGCUUCUCCCCCCUUCGAUACUGAGUCUCGAGUUUAAAAAUAAGGACGAAAUGUCGUAUAUGCCUCAGGAUCAGGACACCUACCUGCAGGAGAAGGAUGUGGAUGAACCAGAGAAACAAGCUAAGGAGAAAGACGAUGAGGACAUGGAGUUCACAGUAAGAUCUUACUGUGAGACGCAGUACAACUCCGUGGCUAUGCUGGGAAACGUCAGUUCACAAGCAUCCCGUAAGAAACAGGUGGAGGAAGUUCAGAGCCGGCAUCGUCUUAUUCCACUGGGUCGCAAAAUUUACGAGUUUUACAACGCUCCUAUUGUCAAGUUCUGGUUUCACACGUUGGCCUAUGUCGGAUACUUGAUGCUCUUCAACUAUAUUGUGCUGGUGAAGAUGGACCUCUGGCCUUCUCCUCAGGAGUGGAUUGUUAUUGCUUACAUCUUCACCAAUGGAAUCGAAAAGAUGAGAGAGAUUCUCAUGUCAGAACCAGGCAAGCUCCUGCAAAAGGUGAAAGUGUGGUUACAGGAGUACUGGAACGUCACUGACCUCAUGGCCAUUCUCAUCUUCUCCAUUGGGAUGGUGCUCCGUCUACAAGAGCCGCCGCUGAUGAGCUAUGGAAGAGUCAUAUACUGCGUCAAUAUCAUUUAUUGGUACAUACGACUGCUUGACAUCUUCGGAGUGAACAAAUACCUGGGCCCAUACGUCAUGAUGAUUGGAAAGAUGAUGAUUGACAUGAUGUAUUUCGUGAUCAUCAUGUUGGUGGUGCUGAUGAGUUUCGGUGUGGCACGGCAAGCCAUCCUAAAUCCCAACGAAGACCCAUCCUGGAUGCUGGCACGCAACAUCUUCUUCAUGCCGUAUUGGAUGAUCUAUGGAGAGGUGUUUGCCGACCAAAUUGACCAUGUGAAUAGUAGGAAGCUACAUCACAAAGUGAAUGACAAACUCUGGCUGGGCGAAAAUUACAUUCGCACCCAAGGAACUGGGCGUACCAGUGGUCCAUCUCAUAUAGCUCCAUGUGGACAGAACAUCACCAAUGAAGACGGAGUCAUUGUGGCCCUCCCACCCUGCAAGACUGGAGCUUGGAUUGUACCUGCCAUUAUGGCCUGCUACCUGCUGGUGGCCAACAUCCUGCUGGUUAACUUGCUAAUUGCUGUCUUCAAUAACACAUUCUUCGAAGUGAAGUCCAUCUCCAAUCAGGUAUGGAAGUUCCAGAGAUACCAGCUGAUCAUGACUUUCCAUGAACGUCCUGUUCUUCCUCCUCCCCUCAUCAUCUUCAGCCACAUAACUAUGGUUCUCAAACACCUUUGCUGUCGCUGGAGGAAGCACGAUGACGAUGAGAGGGACUAUGGGCUGAAGCUCUUCAUCACUGAAGAUGAGCUGAAAAAGGUACAUGACUUUGAAGAGCAGUGCAUGGAGGAAUAUUUCAGAGAGAAAGAUGACCGCUUCAAUUCAUCCAAUGAUGAGAGAAUACGUGUGACAUCUGAAAGGGUGGAGAACAUGGCAAUGCGUCUGGAGGAGGUAAACGAGCGGGAACAUUUCAUGAAAGCCUCCCUGCAGACUGUUGACGUCAGGCUUGCCCAGAUGGAGGAGCUGAUCGCCCGGAUCGCCGUGACACUGGAACGGGUUGCUGGUGUGGAACGAGGUGAAGUCAACAAAGCGCGGUCCAGGACAUCGUCUGACUGCACUGAUACGAACUACAUCCUACGCCAAAGUAGUUUCAACAGUCAAGAAGGUAAUUCCUACAAGCUUCAGGAGUCGCUGGAGCAGGGUGGAGAAGAGUCCAUUUCCCCUACUUCACCAACCGCUAUGGCGCCACGCAUCCGCAGUCACUCCUUCUACGUGAGCCAUUCCUCCAAGGACAGGUGCGGGGCAGAUCGAGCAGAAGGUAUUUUAAAAGAAAGGUUGUUCAGCCUCCACCGCGCAAACAGCUCUCAGUCUGUGUCCUCUGGAGCAGGACCCAAAGAGUCCAAACCUACACCUUUGAAUACUUUAGCAGUGCAGCAGCAACAUCGCCCCUCUUCCUGCAUAGACAUCUAUGUUUCCGCCUCAGAGGACGUCCCACCCACCGAAAGCUUUCUGGAGCCAGUCAGGAAAGUUCCAACUCUUGCCCGAGAAUCAUCUCUUCAUUCGGAGAUCAUGGAUGCAAUGCUCUCGGGGGGACGGGACUGCAGUGGAAGGGCAGGGGGAAGUGAAAGACAGUCUGACGGUACAGUCCUAUUCGAGGACAGUGCCGCCGCUGAUCUAUCGCUCUGCUCUGCCCACCUGCUGCGAGACACCCUUCCCUCCUGGGACCUGGACCCCUCACCGCCCCCAUCAGCUGGUGUCCUAGAGCGGUCCAAGAGCAGUCGGUUCCUGUCAACAGCAGGACCACUGUUCCUGGACGAGCCCCAUUUAGUCAAGUCCCACAGCCUAAUGUUCACAUCACGGGGUUACUACGGUGGUAUGGGUGUGCAGGUUAAAGCCGCAGAAUAUACCAGCAUUACAGACUGCAUUGACACUCGUUGUGUCUCUACCCCUUACCCUGUCCAAGAGCGAUCUGACUCACCCGGAGGCUCUUUUACAUUCGAUAAGCCCCAGGACCUAGGUGUCUCGCACCCUGAGCGAGAGGCCGAGCUCAGUCAUACAGAGUUUGAUCCAGAGGAGCCUCCAGAGGGAUCAGCAGACACAGGUAAGGGGGGUCAGAGUAGCAGUAGUGGAAUAGGUGUAGACCUGGGCCUAGGCAUGGCACUAGGUCCGUUCUGCUCGCCGAUCUCUAGAAUAGAGCGAGCGAACAGCUGCUCCUCUUCGGAAGAAUCCCACUCUAACAUCUACUCCCGAAAGAGUUUCUCCAUAAGUGAGAAAAUGGACAAGGGCCGCGGAAGCUCUAGGAAUCCGUUCCAGAAGGCCAGGGCUGGAGCGAGACUUGAGGGUAAGACAGACACACUGUCCAUGAGGAAACUGGCCAAACCCUCUGCGUUCCAAAGUUUUGACAGCAGACAUAAUUAUACGUGAUGAAAAUGGCAUUGUAGAUCUAGUUUCUGUAGGAUGGCUCUACCUCGUUUAAUUUACAAGGGCCAAUCCAUUAAUUAGUACAGAGUCUGAGUGGGUAAAUAGGUAUACACUGGAAUGUGUUAUCAAUCAUGCUUACUAACCUCCUGUUUAUUUCCUAGUUUAACAUUGCAAUGCAACGUUUCUUCGAGCUCAUCAAUUCAGAACUUGACAAACAUUGACAUUAGGGCAACAUUAGAUUCUAGUUCAUUUAGUCUUGCAGUAUCCCCUGGGAGAUGGUAGCUGGGAAAUUGCUUCUGGGAAUAUAUUCACAUCACAAAACUAAAUUGUGCUUGAUCACGUUCAGUCAUUGCAUAGGAGUGGUGGUUUAAUUUCAGUUCUAUAAAAUGUUAUGGUUGUUGUGUACACAAAGUCCUUUUGACAAAUUUAGAACGCACACGUUUGUUGAAAAUACACAUGAAUUGGCCAAGAUAUGGAAUUUUAAGGGAUCCGAUUUUAUCAUAAACAGAAACUUGAUUAGUAUCAUGAAAUAAUUUGUACUUUUAAACCCUUGUGGAUAGUAUUUUUAUUCAAAUAACAUCAUAUUCAGUUAUAUGGGUGUCUGGAUGCGGCUUGACUUCAAGGUUUUAAAGCAGAAUUGUCCCCCUCUUGAUUAACCAUUAAUACACAUAUUUUUAAGGCCUAAAUGUUAAAGGUCACGGUCUUCCUGAUCCCAUUUUUCAAACUUUCAAAAGUUCGAAAGUUUCAAAACUUUCAAAGUUUACUGCCAGGUGAUUUACUCUUACCUAAAGGAUUAUUAGGAACACCUGUUCAUUUUCUCAUUUGUUUUUUUGGCACACUUUAGGCCCCCUUAGUGCCAAUUGGGCAUUGUUUAAAUGCCACAGCCUACCUGAGCAUUGUUUCUGACCAUGUCCAUACCUUUAUGACCACCAUGUACCCAUCCUCUGAUGGCUACUUCCAGCAGGAUAAUGCACCAUGUCACAAAGCUCGAAUCAUUUCAAAUUGGUUUCUUGAACAUGACAAUGAGUUCACUGUACUAAAAUGGUCCCCACAGUCACCAGAUCUCAACCUAAUAGAGCAUCUUUGGGAUGUGGUGGAACGGGAGCUUCGUGCCCUGGAUGUGCAUCCCACAAAUCUCCAUCAACUGCAAGAUGCUAUCCUAUCAAUAUGGGCCAACAUUUCUAAAGAAUGCUUUCAGCACCUUGUUGAAACAAUGCCACGUAGAAUUAAGGCAGUUCUGAAGGCGAAAGGGUGUCAAACACAGUAUUAGUAUGGUGUUCCUUAUAAUCCUUUAGGCGAGUGUAUUUUCCUUAACAGAAUUCGCCUUUCAAAGCCUACAGCGAACAGCUGGUUUGGACUACAGCCCUCGACUUCCUGCUUUAAUGAUGUCAGUAGAACAGUUUUGACUAAGCUCCGCCCACAGGAAUACGUCAGUCGGCAGCUAAGCUAACGGCAAGCUAAACUCCUAGUGAAUCACAACACACUAAACAAGCUACACAAUCAAAACUCGAUACGUAUUUCUGAAGAAGGGACUUCAUAGAACAAGGAAGACAUCAGCCUGUUUUGAGAACAGUGAAAACAGCGCUAUACAAGUUAAUUGUGUAAGAAUAAUUUGAAACAUGAACACGUUAUAUUGCACACUGUAAACACAAUCAAAGCUUCAAAAACACAGAAAAACGGGACCUUUAAUGUUUUGUCCUUUGUUGUUUGCAUUAUCCCAAAUUUAUCACAAGGGGGCGAUCAUUUCAGCCCAUUUUUACCAGGGCAUGUUGGAAUGGAAUACUAGCGUACUGCACAGAAUAUACGGCAUACUAUUUUUAAUAUAGUAUAUGGAAAAAGUACGUUUUAAACAAUAGCAUGCUAAACUGUUGUCUUAUGACUGUAUUGCAUGUUUAAUUCUGACCGUUAUUUUGUAUCAUUAUUCUAAAUUUUUAUAAGAAAUGUUUUGUCUUAUCAAAAAUGAAUAAACAAGGGGUUGUUAUUAAAUAUUAUUACAGUACACUUUGAACGGAAGGCCAAGUUUAGCUCAUACCAUUGUGGGAUACAGAAAUCCACAGUGUUGUCUAUUGGGGCAAACGUAGUUGGUCAUCUGGGUAUACGAUGCACAGUAUAUAAACUGCACACUAGAAAAUUUGGAUUAGUAUGGUAGUAUGCCAUUCCAAACAUUCCUUUAGAUUUACACAAGCACUGCUAAACCACAGUUUUUUUUUAUUUAAAAGCAAAGGAGAAACACGUUUUAUUAAGUGUAUCUUUUCACAGAACAGGUACUAUAUGUUGACUUGCUAUGCAAGACACUACAGAGAGUCGACCGUAAGAAGUGUUAUGCACUUUAGGGCAGGAGUUAUUAUGCACAACAAUCUGAUCACUAAUCAGCCUGACAGUUUUUGGAGAGCAGAAUCACAAAACAUACAUACACUAUUUCAUGUUUUCGAAAUGUAAUACAUUUUUCUGUUAGUAUUGUGACAGGAUAAUAAAUGACCAAGAAUAGAAAAUAUUUAAUCUAUUGUUUUUAAUUAUAUGCCUUCGCAAAUUUCUUCCUAUGGUUAAUCGAUGUCAAAUAUGUAUAUAUAGUAUUUCAAAUGUUGUUUAUGAUAAAAAAAAUAUUUUUUAGCAUUGAUUUAUUGUAGUGGGCAUUCAGGAUAAUCAGGAGAUCUGCACAGACUAGGCCUCAUUUUCGUGAUAAUUUUUUAAUCAAUCAUUGAAUUAGAGCAAAUGAUUGACGGCUCCCUCUCCACACUGUAAAACAUUUGCAGCAUUUUUGUCAAUUCAACACAUAUUUGUAUGUUACUUUAACUUAAAAUCUUAAAAAAUAGUAUUGACUUGCAAAACCAAGUUGUUUUAACUUCAUGCUGCAAUUUUUUUACAGUGUAUGUUCUUGAUCUAUGGAAAAGCAAUACAGAAAUGUGUGCACAAAUCUAGUCUUCUGUAAUCAGUCAAAUCUUUAAAAAAAAAAAAGUAAAUAAUUAUUUCCUAUAUCCUCAAUGCAUCUUAUUUCACCAUACACUAUAUAUCAAAGAAUAUUUUCUUUGCCUUACUCAUGUGCAAUACUGCUAAGAGAUUUGAAAACAUACUGUCACGGUGUUCUGAAUGGUAGACGUGUAAACUUUGUGUUAGUUUGUGUGUGAACCAAAAACAAAGUAUUAUAAUAAAUUAUAAUUUUUUUGUGCAUAGCAGUAAUUCCAAUCACUGUGGUUUUCAAAUGUCUGAUGAUCUAAAUCACAAUAUUAGCACAGAAUGUUUAUCUGAUUUGCAUUAUAUUAUAACAAACACCAUUUCCCGUUUGGGUCAUCUGUCAGAGAAGGGGCUAACAAUUUUGCAAGGUGAUAUUACUGCAAAGAGCUUUAAAAUGGAGGUUUGAAAGAAUAAAGUAAAGGCCUUUGCUCAUGUAUUUUGAGUGAUGUGAUUAAACAAACUUGUUGGACUGGUUCCAGCAAAAGCAGACCGAAAAUGUGAUUGCUCUUGUAAGUUAUUAAAUGCAAGUUAUCCUGUUUAAAGAGUUUUUGUUAUAUAGAGCAAGAAUAUUUAUGACACCUGUUUUUCACAUGUAAAUGUUCUGUAUAUGAUCUGUAAAUCUCGAUGUGGAUGUAAAAAUCAAGUUUAAUAUGAUAGGAUUUUAAGAAGAACGUUUCUGUCUGAUAGAAGACGUUACACUAUAACAACCUACCCAGUGUGCCAAAUGAUAUGACAUAACUUUAUGUACAGUAUUUUCUUAAUAUUUUCCUAUACUGUAGCAUAAAAGGUUGUGAAUUGUAUACCACUUUUAGUCAGGUUCUCCCUUCCUCUUCUUUUUAAACUUAUUGGUGAGCACUUGUCUGCUAAAAAGUCCAAGCACAUGUUUCUGCAAUAAUGCUGUAGCUUGAACUGAAAGGUCUUAGAUUAUUUAGUGUCUUCAAAAUGCAUGUUGUUCUUCCAAAAGAUUUGAGCUGAAUGAAUUACGAGUGAUCAGCAAGUGGGGAUGAGAGGUCUCUUGUCCUCUUAUACGGUAGAAGGCUACGUAUUUGGAUGCGAAUACAAAUGUGUACACUGUAUUCCUGUGAAUAGGAUGUUUGGCAUGUAUUAUCAAAUAAAAGACUGCAUAUACACA